AUGCAAGUUCUAAAGGACUUGUAUGAAGACUAUACAAAGCCCCACAGCUUAGGUGGAAUACAAGCGCUACAUACUCGCAAAAAAUUCCCGCGUCGCCAAACAAUGGCUAUAGGACCUCGCAAAAUCUUAACGUGUGAUCUGGCAGACAUGCGAAACUUAUCAAGACAAAACGAUAAAACCAACUAUUUGCUCGUGUGUGUAGAUGUGUUUAGUCGUUAUAUGCAAGUAAGACCCUUAAAGAGUAAAAACAAGACGGAGGUUGCGAGCGCACUAAAAUCGGUGUUAAAUACUGAGGAUGCUAAAGGUUUAACUCACCUCUUCACCGAUGCAGGGCGAGAGUUUGUAAAUAAUACAGUGAACGGCUUACUGCGCGAACAUAAGAUGCAGUGGUAUACCACGCAUUCGAAGGAAAUAAAGGCUAGCAUUGCAGAGAGACACAUCAGAACCCUCAAGGAACGCAUAUAUAAAUAUUUAACCUUAAAAGAUACGCUGAGGUAUAUCGACGUUCUCCCGGAUAUCGUUUUAGUCUAUAAUGAGCGCGCGCACGCGGGUUUGAAGGGCGCCGCGCCACUGGACGUGCACCGCCAUUACACGCGGGCGCAGUGUCAACGUCUCUUUCUUCAAAUGUAUGCUCAUUCAUUGAAUGUGCAUAUAAAAAAAGACCGAUCGCAUGCUAGCAAUCAGAAUAUAAAGAUUGACAAUCGUCAGAACAUAGUCGGGUAUUAUCUGGAAGAUUUAAGCGGCGAAGAAGUCCAAGGUUUGUUUUAUCGAGAGGAGCUCGUCCCGACAUCACUGCCAAGUGUUUACCCGUACAAGAUCCUGUCAUCGAGGUGGAACAGAAAUAAAAAGCAGAGAGAAUAUCUUGUUCGCUGGAUCGGAUAUCCCGACAAAUUCAAUUCAUACAUUACGAUUGAUGACAUGCAGCCUGCACCAUGA